AUGGCGGACUCUGAAGCGCCCUCAAAGCCCCAUGCGGUCACAACUAUCGCGAGUGUCGAGAUCGACCCUAAGGCGGAGCGGGCUUUGGUCUGGAAGUUCGACCUUCGUCUGCUUCCCGUCCUGGCAAUUAUGUACUUGUUCAACAGUCUGGACAAGUCAAACCUAGGAAAUGCAAAGACAGCGGGUCUUGAAGAUUCCCUCCACUUGAAAGGAAACCAGUAUAAUAUGAUUCUCAGCAUCUUCUUCGUUCCAUACGUCCUUACCGCACCAUUCCUCGGUCUACUCGGCAAGAAAUUUGGACCUAAUAUCGUGCUUCCAUGCAUGAUGCUUACAUUCGGUACAUGCACUAUUCUGGUGGUUGCUGCGUACAACUUCAGCGGUCUCUUUGCUAUCCGCUGGUUCUUGGGCAUGUCGGAGAGUGCUUUCUUUCCUCUGGUUAUCUACUACCAGACCACAUUCUACCGUCGAGGAGAACUAGCCCGCCGACUAGCCAUCUUCUACGCCGCGCAAAGUAUCGCCUCAGCAUUCUCGGGCCUCCUAGCCUUCGGCGUCUUCCGCAUCCACACAGGCCCCCUCGCAUCAUGGCGCUACCUCUUCCUGAUCGAGGGUUGUGGAACCAUCCUCUUCGCCCUGUUCGCGCUUUGGUAUCUGCCCAAGUCAGCCUCGGAAGCCAGUUUCCUUACACCAGAGGAAAAGGAACUUGCAUAUCUCCGCCUCCAGAUCGACAGUUCUUCCGUCGUGGACGAGAAAUUGAACAUCCGGGAUGCCUUCCGCAUCUUCAAGCACUGGACUAGUUGGGCCAUUCUAGCCAUUCAAAUCUGUCUCGGUGUGCCACUGCAAGGAGUUCAACUGUUCCUUCCAGUCAUCAUCAAGCGUCUUGGCUACAGCACCGUCAAGACGAACCUAUAUACCGUGGCGCCUAAUGUUUCCGGCGCCGCGAUGUUGUUGAUUUUGGCUUUCUGCAGUGACUGGACCAGGUGGCGAUUCCCAUUCAUUGCACUGGGCUUCUUGUUCACUUUCAUUGGAUUUAUCAUCUACGCUGCCAUUGAUGUUACACACGAAUUGAGUGUUGCGUACUUCGCUACGUUCAUGAUGGUCUGGGGCACAUCGGCACCUUCCGUUCUGCUUGACGCUUGGUACAACAACAAUAUCGCCAACGAGGGAAGACGUGUUGUACUUACCAGUAUCGCCGUCCCCGUCGCCAACCUUAUGGGAGUUGUAAGCUCCAACAUCUUCCGUAACCAGGACGCACCCAAGUAUUUCCCUGCGCUGAUUACCACGGCUGCGUUUGGUGGUACUGGUAUUUUAUUGACCCUGGCUCUUGGUCUCUGGAUGAUGUACGACAACAAGAAGAGAGAUCAGAGGCAAGGUGUCCACGUCAAAGCGAUGAAUAUUCCUUCCGAGAAUUUGAACGAGGGUCCUGCCAGUGAUGACUUCCGGUGGUUCUAUUAG